ACUUGCAUGCGGCCCCGCGUCUCUGGAUCUCGGGCGGCACGGGCAGAGGCCAGCUCUGAAAGUCAAACAUCGGUGAAGCGCAGAGACACGCCUCAUAGUGCAUACACCAUCCAUGCUAUGCCAUGCCAUGCCAUGCCAGACCACUGUCAGUACAACGCCUGUAGAUACCGUACAAUGCUGUCGUCCAUUCCCCCUCGAACAAACCAACCUAUGCCCGAGUCUCUGGAGACAAUCGACAGACAUCCAAACCAGGGCGAGCGCCCCAUCCCCAUCCCCAUCCUCAUCCCAGGAACCCGACGAUCGUAUCCUGGACGCCCCUCCAUCCCCAAUAAUCCACCCUGAUCCGAUCGUGAUCGAUGCGCUGAUGAUAUGCCGAGCAGAUAGCGUUGUAGCUGGGCCAGGGUCCCGCCUGAGACGACGCCCCAGCAAUAAUGUCGCGCGCGUGGCCUCUCUCUCUCUCCGUCUAGCAGCUAUCUCUGUCUCUCCCACCACGCCUCACAUCAUCAUCGCAUCGCAUGCGCAUCGCAUCGCAGCACGCCGUCGAUCUUUCAGAACCUUGGGGUCCGCUACGACCCCUACCCAGCUGAAGCCUUGCUGCUGGGGUCUCGUCGGUUGGACCGGCCUGUCGGAAGGCGGGGCGGCGGCGUGGACUUGAGAUGCGCGAGUCCGAAUGUCACGAUGAUGGACUUUUUUUUUGUUUCUGUAACCAAUCCCGAAUUCUGAAACGUCUCGUCGAAUCCGAGGCU